CCUCCCUCCGCCCCAACCCGGUAGUCUACUACAGACCACGUUGCGAGUCUGGAGACACCGUCGAGUUUGACCUGCUUCCGGGACUUCUCCAGAGAGCUGCAACUCUUCUCAGAUGCUCGCGGGCACGAGUGAGCAUUAAUAAUUCUAUUUAAAAUGGGAAUCAAGAAGAAGAAAGAAAUGCAGGUUGCUGCAUUGACAAUUUGUCAUCAGGACCUUGAAACUUUGAGAUCCUUUGCUGACGUGGAAGGGAAAAAUCUAGCUUCUUUGCUAUUACAUUGUGUACAAUUCACGGAUGGAGUGUCACAAAUACAUUAUAUCAAACAGAUUGUGCCUUUAUUGGAGAAGGCAGAUAAAAAUGGUGCGUGUGAUCCCACUACUCAAAGUUGUUUGGAUAUUUUAGCAGGCAUCUAUCUUUCUUUGAGUCUAAAGAAUCCCUUGAAGAAAGUAUUGGCAAGCUCGCUAAAUGGCCUACCUGAAUGUUUUGUGACUGAGGUUGUACAUAGUUUUACUUGUCGUCUUCAGGAAGAAUUGAAUACUACUGAUCUAUACUCUUAUAGGAAAGUAACUGACAACAUAUCUUCCUGUAUGGAGAACUUUAAUGUGGGUAGAGCAAGUGUUAAUAAUCUGCUUAAAAAUGUGCUUCAUUUCCUGCGGAGGAGUUUAAUUGAAAUCACAGAAGAAAAUAGAAAAUUUACUGGAAAUCAUAUUGUUCAAACGCAGUUGAUGAAUGACUUGUUGGUAGGCAUUAGAGUUUCAAUGACUUUAGUACAGAAAGUACACAGUUUCCAGGGAAAUCUUUGGAAGGCUUCCAGUUCUUCGAUAUGGCAAAGUAUGUGUAGCUUGCUGAGUAUUUUCACCAAGUUUUUAAGUGAUGAUGACCUCUUACAGACAAUUCAGAGCACAUCUGGAUUAGCUGUUAUUCUCUUUAUUAAGACUAUGUUUGAUCCACCUGAAAAGAUUCCUGAUUUGAUUAGUAGUUUGCUUCUUGGUUCAGCAGACUACAACAGCCUUCCCGAGUGGCUCGUGAGCAGCUGCAGGAGCCUUUGUUGUUCUGAGGUCUCUGGGUCAGCUCUCUUAUUCCUGUGUCAGGGGACACUGGCCAUGUUGGACUGGCAGAAUGGGAGCAUGGGCCCGAGAUGGGAGGCUUUGCUUUUGGAUACUGCACAUAUUCUCUUCACCUCAAGUUCACAGAUCAAGGAAUCAACUCUGGAAAUGUUUCUGUCUAGAAUCUUGUCAUCUUGGACCAAUUCAGCCAUACAUGCCCUUGAAUCAAGUUCCCUAAGCCUAAAGAGCAGUCUCAGUGGGAAUUCAAGCAUAGUUGGGAAACUUUUAGAAUAUGUCUAUACCCACUGGGAACAUCCUUUGGAUGCUCUGAGACACCAAACCAAAAUCAUAUUCAAAAAUCUUCUCCAAAUGCAUUGGCUCACUACAGAAGGGGCACAUUCUGCCACUGAUCCUUUCUUUUUGGAGCUAACUGAGAGUCUUCUGCGAUUAGAAUGGCAUAUUAAAGGAAAGUACAUGUGCCUUGGUUGUUUGGUGGAGUGCAUAGGAAUUGAACAUAUUUUGGCAGUAGAUAAAACUAUUCCAUCUCAAAUCUUAGAGGUGAUGGGGGACCAGUCAUUGGUACCUUAUGCAAGUGACCUCUUGGAAACCAUGUUUAAAAGUCACAGGAGUCAUUUGAAAUCCCAUACUGUUGACAGUCCGUGGAUUGAACAGUGGCAUGAAACUUGGGUUUCUCCUCUCCUUUUUAUACUUUGUGAAGGAAACCUAGAUCAAAAAUCUUAUGUGAUUGAUUAUUACUUGCCAAAAUUACUGAAUUGCAGCCCUGAAAGCUUAAGCUACAUGGUGAAAAUUCUUCAGACUUCUAGUGAUGCUAAAAUUGGGUCUUAUAAUAGCAGAGGGGCUUUGGGAGCUUUGAUGGCUUGCCUGCGAACAGCUAGAGCUCAUGGGCAUCUCCAGUCUGCAACUGAUACUUGGGGGAAUCUUGUGUCCAGUGCAAGAAUAAAGCAAGGCUUAAUUCAUCAGCACAGCCAAGUACGGAUAGAUACAUUAGGCUUGCUUUGUGAAAGUAAUCGAAGCACAGAAAUGAUUUCCACAGAAGAAAUGCAGUUGAUUCAGUUCUUUAUUACAUACAAUCUUAAUAACCAGUCUCCGGGAGUGCGGCAACAGAUUUGUUCUCUUCUUAAAAAGUUAUUUUGUAGGAUACAGGAAAGUUCUCAGGUACUUUAUAAAUUGGAGCAAAGUAAAUCUAAACAUGAACCAGAGAAUGAGUUAACCAAACAGCAUCCAUCUGUUUCUUUAGAGCAAUAUAAGAAUUUCAUGUCAUCCGUUUCCAACAGUCUUUUUGGAGCAUUGUUUCCUGGAUCUUCCUAUCCAACCAGAUUUUCAGCCUUAACCAUUUUAGGCUCAAUUGCUGAAGUUUUUCCUGUUCCAGAAGGAAGAACCCAAACAGUGUAUCAGCUAAGUCAUGAUAUUGAUGUUGGUCGUUUCCAAACACUAUUGGAGUGUUUUACCAGCACUUUUGAGGAUGUGAAAAUUUUAGCAUUUGAUCUUCUGAUGAAGUUACCAAAAACGGUUAUACAAUUUCAGGAUUCAGAGAAACUACAAAGCUUAUUUCAGGCAGCACUGGAGCUCAGCUCAAGCACCAAACCAUACGACUGUGUAACAGCUUCUUACCUACUGAACUUCUUAAUCUGGCAGGAUGUUCUGCCGUCAUUCCUGUCCGCCUACAUAAAAACUCAGCAAGUUGCAUGUGGAGAUGGAAAUACGUCUGCUGCUGUGGUAGAAAGGAACACAUUAGUGGUUAUCAAAUGCUUGUUGGAAAAUCUUGAGGAAGAGAUAUCUCAGGCUGAAAAUUCUUUGCUUCAGGCAGCGGCAUCAUUUCCCAUGUAUGGGCGAGUCCACUGUAUAACUGGAGCUUUGCAGAAGUUAUCUUUAAACAGCCUGCAGUUGGUGAGUGAGUGGAGACCUUUGGUGCAGAAGCUCAUUUUGAUGUCCUACAGGCUCUCUGCUGUGGUGUCUCCAGUCAUUCAGAGCUCCUCCCCAGAAGGCCUCAUCCCAAUGGACACUGAUUCAGAGUCAGCAAGCCGCUUACAGAUGAUUUUAAAUGAGAUUCAGCCACGAGAUACUAAUGAUUAUUUCAGUAAAACCAAAAUAUUGAAAGAACGUGAUACCUUUGAUUUGGAGGACUUGAAUGCUAGUGUGCCGAGUAUUGAUUGUUCUGCAGAAAUCAAAGGUAAAGAAGGAAAAACAUGUGAUGUAACUGCUCAGAUGGUGCUGAUAUGUUGUUGGAGAAGUAUGAAGGAAAUUGCUUUACUUUUAGGCACUUUGUGCCAACUUCUACCCAUGCAGUCUGUGCAAGAAUCUUCUGAUGGAUUAUUGACAGUGGAGCAGGUAAAAGACAUAGGAGAUUACUUUAAACAACACCUUUUACAAUCCAGGCACAGAGGAGCAUUUGAACUGGCUUACACUGGCUUUGUGAAACUCACUGAAGUACUAAACAGGUCCCCUAAUGUGAGUCUGCAAAAGCUGCUGGAACAGUGGUUAUGGAAUGUUUUAGAGGAAAUUAAAUGCAGUGAUCCUUCGUCUAAACUCUGUGCUACAAGGCGUAGUGCUGGAAUUCCUUUCUACAUACAGGCAUUGUUGGCAUCUGAAUCAAAGAAAGGCAAAAUGGAUUUGUUGAAAAUAACAAUGAAAGAGUUAAUCUCAUUGGCUGGGCCUACAGAUGACUCCAAGAGCACAGUUCCCCAGGUCCAUGCUUUAAAUAUCCUAAGAGCCUUGUUCAGAGAUACACGUCUGGGAGAAAAUGUUAUUUCUUAUGUUGCUGAUGGAGCUAAGGUUGCAAUUCUGGGCUUUACAUCCCCUGUCUGGGCAGUGAGAAAUUCAUCCACCCUUCUCUUUAGUACCUUGAUCACAAGAAUUUUUGGAGUUAAAAGAGGAAAGGAUGAACUUUCCAAAAAAAAUAGAAUGACAGGGAGAGAGUUUUUCUCUCGUUUUCCUGAACUCUAUCCAUUUCUUCUCAAACAAUUGGAAGCUGUAGCCAAUACUGUGGACAGUGAUACAGGAGAGCUAAAACGUCAUCCAAGCAUGUUUCUCUUACUUUUGGUGUUGGCAAGACUGUACCCUUCCCCGAUGGAUGGUACUUCCUCUGCUCUCAGCAUGGCACCUUUUGUCUCCUUCAUUAUGAGGUGUGGCCACUCGCCUGUCUACCGGUCCCGUGAAAUGGCAGCUCGUGCCUUGGUGCCAUUUGUUAUGGUAGACCAAAUCCCAAAUACUAUACGAACUCUUUUGGCCAGACUACCCAAUUGCACUGACCAGUGUUUCCGGCAAAACCAUAUUCAUGGGACACUUCUCCAGGUUUUUUGUUUGUUACAAGCCUACUCAGACUCCAAACACCGAACAAAUUCAGACUUUCAGCAGGAGCUGACUGACAUCACUGUUUGCACCAAAGCCAGACUCUGGCUGGCCAAGAGGCAAAAUCCAUGUUUGGUGACCAGAGCUGUAUAUAUGGAUAUUCUCUUCCUAUUAAGUGGCUACCUUGACACACCCACAAAAGGCAACCAGCCAGUUCUGGAGAGCCUGGGCUUCUGGGAGGAAGUCAACAGAAUCAUCUCAGGAUCAGAGCUGAUCACGGGGUUCCCCUACACCUUCACGGCUCCUGGCCUGCCCCAGUACCUCCAGAGCCUCACUAAACUAGCCACAGCGGCAGUCUGGGCAGCAGCGGCCAAGGCCGGAGAGCAGUCAGGGAAUGUUCCCAUCUCCUUCUCUCAGCUGUUGGAGUCUGCCUUCCCUGAAGUGCGCUCGCUGACACUGGAUGCCCUGUUGGAAACGUUCUUGUCAGCAGCCUCUGGGUUUGGAAAGAAGGGGCUGCCGCCCUGGCUGUGCAACAUGGGAGAGAAGUUCUUGAUGUUGGCUAUGAAGGAAAGUCACCCAGAAUGCUUCUGCAAGAUUCUGAAAAUUCUCCAUUGCAUGAACCCCAGUGAGUGGCUUCCCCAGACAUGGGACUGUGUCCAUCUAACCCCAAAGGAGUUCUUGAUCUGGACAAUGGAUACUGCUGCCAAUGAAAGGUCUGAAAUUCAAAGCGUAGCUCUGAAACUUGCCUCCAAAGUGGUCACCUACCACUUGCAGAUGUGGGAUGAGAAUAGGGACUUAGCCCCUGAGCUGAAGCAGUGGGUCCAUUUGGUUGUCUCAUCCUGUGGAGACCAUCUUCCUACAGAAUCCAGGCUGGCCGCUGCAGAAGUCCUCACUAGCACUGCACCGCUUUUCCUCACCAACCCCCGUCUGAUUCUUGGGCUGCAGGAUACGCUUUCUCUCUGGAGAUGUGUCCUCACCCUACUGCAGAGUGAAGAGCAAGAUGUCAGAGAUGCAGCCACAGAAAUCGUGACCACUGCCCUGUCCCAAGAAAAUACCCGCCAAUCAACAGAGUUUGCCUUCUGCCAGGUGGACGCCUCAGUUGCUCUGGCUCUGACCCUGGCCGUCCUGUGUGACCUGCUGCAGCAGUGGGACCAGCUGGCCCCUGCACUCCCUGUCUUGUUGGGAUGGCUGUUGGGAGAGGGUGACGACCUUGUGUUCUGUGUGGAGAGCACGCAUCAGGUGGAAGACGACCACCUGUUUGAAAAAGCAGAAGUCAACUUUUGGGCUGAGACCCUGAUCUUCGUGAAAUACCUCUGUAAGCACCUCUUCCAUCUCCUCUCCAAGUCUGGCUGGCGUCCCCUCAGCCCUGCAAGUCUCCAUCACCUUCAGAAGACAGCAUCAGAGCAGUGCCACCUCCUUUCCCAGCUCUUCAGGGAACUGCCACCAACUGCUGAGUUUUUGAAGACAGUGGAGUUCACGAGACUGCGCAUUCAGGAGGAAAGGACUUUGGCUUGCCUGAGGCUGCUUGCCUUUCUGGAAGGAAAGGAAGAGGAAGACAUCCUAGGUCUCAGUGCUUCUGACUCUCCUGCAGAAGCAAGUCAAUUAACUCUUCCAAGAAGAGAAACAGCAUGUUGAGAAAAGAUUUUGGGGGUGGAGAGUAGAGAUUAUUCCUCCAUUAAAUCUGCAGGAAACGUGUUGAACAUAAAUUCAAAAACUUUUCCUCGUCAUGCCUCCUCCCACUUCUGAGAGUUGAGGACUAUGUCCCUUUACCACAAAGGAAUUUUUCUUCAGUUCACUCAUUCAAGUCAGCCUGUUUUUAUUGUAGCUACUGUAGGAAAUGAGGCUACCAAGUUAAAGAUUUACUCUGUUCCCAGGUGCAGGCCACCUGCAGGCCUAAAUUGCCCUCUUUAAUCCCUCAAGACCUCUCAUGUCCAGCCAUAGCCUGCCUGCAUUUUCUGUAAAUUGACUACACACAUAGAAUUGGGUUUUAACACAUGAUGUUUUAUAAAUAAAUAUAUAUAUAUUUCCCCUUUUGGCUGGAUGUAGGGGGGUUGGAUUAGUUGGCAAACAGCCCAUUUAUCCAGAUUUCUAAAUUUUAUUCCAUUUUAACAAGGCAGAAAUAUUUUCCAAAUGUUGAAUCUUGAGAGAAUUAAGGAUCAGCUUCAUACAGACAAUUGUUUUUAUUGUCUGCAUGUGUAAGUCCUGCAGUGAACUACACAUUCCAUCCUAAUUACUAAAAAGAGCCAUUGAGAGCUCUCCCUACCCCCAAAAAACAUGUUUGUGCUCAUGCUAAAAAUCCUGAUUUCGUCACCCAGUGAAAGCUCAUACUCCUGUCAGAAGCAAGCUGUGGAAAGAGCCAGAAUAAAUGAUUUGUUUGAUGCUUAUACUGUUUACUGUUAUUUGCUAGGUGGCAGUUUCAAGAAGAUUCUCAUUUAAGAUGCCAGUAAUCACAUCUAUUGUUUUUCAGUGAUUUAAUCUGGAAACCUUAAGGGUUUUCUUUCUGCUUUUCAAGUCUAGCUCAUCCCUCUUCUUCAAAUACCCAGUAGGUGUCGCUCUUGCAUACGUUUUGCUGCUGGGCUCUGUUUUUUAUCAGAUUGCCAUUUCUAAAUCAUAAUUUCAAAGUGUUACCCACAGUUACCUUGAGAUUCAUAGCUUGGAUGGCUCUUAGCCUCACAUACAUUCCUUUUUCAUCCUAGUUAUCUGAAAAAGCCAUUUCAGUUAUAGAGUAUAAACUUGUUUCAGCUUUUUGGGUUAAUAAACAUUUGUAAAUACUUUUCAGGUGAGCAGUUGCUUAGAAUUAUUUUAUUGAUGUUUGAGGGUCCAAAGGGGCAGGUUAGAGGAGAGACAGUGUGAUAUGAUCAUUUCCUACUACAAAAGAGCUGACAUUUGAAAUGUAAUUUGUUUCUCUUUGAGAGAAAACCAUCUAACCCUAAAAACACACCUCUGUAAGUACAGAGAAAAUAAGCAUGGAGAAAAGGCUCUCAGUAGGAAGAGGCAAGGAAACAAGUUAACUCAGUAUCCAAAGUUUUGUUCUAAAGAGAACAGGAAAUUCCCUCAGUGGUUUUGCACCAUUCAGCCCAAACUGUGGUUUUGGUGAUCCUGAAUUAAUUACCUGGUUAGGCAUCUGUGUAGUCCACAUUUGAUGGAAAGUUGCCAACCUGACACUUUUUGUUCUGAGAAGACCUAGCUGGUGAGAAGCCAGGGAAUUGAUGAUAACCAUGGGAGAAUAAUUAUUAAACUGGUUCCAACAAAGCCCAGCGCAUUAUAAAAGGCCAGCAUUCUGUUUUUUUUUCCUCCAUUUAAAAUGAAAUAAAAGCAGUUACAUAAUAAUAAAAAUAUUUUUCAGUGGCAGGUACCCUGUACCAAAGCAUAUACCAUAACAUGUUUAUGUGUUAUCUCCAGAAGCCUUCUGACAAGCCUGCAAAGUGGGUAUUCUCAGGGCCAGUGAAGGGGAAUUGCCCAUGAUUUUGAUCUUGGCUGGCUAUGGUCAGCCUGGGAGGCUGGGAGGGACACUUGUUUCCACUGUUUCUGUAUCUGAAAUCUCAUUACUGACCCAAUAGCAAGGUGUGACUAUUUCAUGCCUUCCUGAUGCAUUCCCAGGAGAAGCUUAGAAGAUACCCAGCCCCAGGGGUCACCCUCAAGCUCUCCAUGUUUGGUGCCACUUCAACAAAACCAAACAAUCAGGGUUCUUGGGUACCCUGGGCCUUUCCUACAAGUACCAGCCACUGUUGGCAGCCCUGUGUAGGAGCCAGCAUAAGAGCUUUUCCUGGGUGAGGCUGGAUAAGAGAAUAAAAGUCUUUUACCCGUUCUGUACUCACCACAUUCCAACUCCAAGCUCUAGAGUUGACUUUGCACUUAGGAUUCUGUGGACCCUCACCCAUUUGGCCAUAGCCCAGAGGCCUGGCUUUCUCCAUUUUUAUGCUUUGUUAAUUUUUUUAAUAAAUAUGAUGGUUUA